CUACUACUGGCUGUCUUUGUUUUUGCUUUUGACAUUUUAUUUUCUUCCUCUCCGGACAGGACUGGGCCUGGGACGUCCUCUCCUCCACACUACCCCUCUCCCCCCAGUCUCCCUUCUCCAUCGCUAUCCGCACACAACCACAACCACAAUCACAGCCAUCACUAUCACAUGACGACCCCGCAUGUCAUAUCGUCCUCCUCAGGACACCACCAGAGUACCACGUCAAAUGGCAUCGUCGGGAACCACUUCCGAGUCGGCAAGAAAAUCGGCGAGGGCUCGUUCGGUGUUGUUUUCGAAGGCACGAAGCUCCUCAAUAGCCAGCCAGUUGCCAUAAAAUUCGAACCACGAAAAUCUGACGCCCCGCAAUUACGGGAUGAAUUUCGAUCGUACAGGACAUUGACUGGUACAGUGGGCGUUCCCCAAGUCCAUCAUUUUGGCCAGGAGGGUCUCCACAAUGUCCUUGUCAUCGACUUGUUGGGCCCUAACCUGGAGGACCUCUUUGACAUGUGUGGCCGCAAGUUCACCGUCAAGACAGUGUCUAUGGCUGCAAAACAAAUGAUCACACGCAUCCAAUCGGUCCAUGACAAGUCGCUCAUUUACAGAGACAUCAAACCUGAUAACUUUCUCAUUGGCGUUCCCGGGACUAAGAACGCUAAUGUCAUCCACAUCAUUGAUUUCGGUAUGGCAAAACACUACCGUGAUCCCAAGACUAAAGUUCAUAUCCCCUAUCGUGAACGUAAAUCGCUGUCCGGCACUGCCCGAUACAUGUCCAUCAACACCCAUCUCGGCCGUGAACAGUCUCGUCGGGAUGACUUGGAGUCGCUGGGACAUGUAUUUAUGUACUUCUUGCGAGGUGGCUUGCCCUGGCAAGGUCUCAGAGCGGCCACAAACAAACAAAAGUACGAGAAGAUUGGGGAAAAGAAGCAAAGUACAGCUAUUGCGGAGCUGUGCGAAGGCUUCCCAGAGGAGUUCAGUAUCUACAUGAAUUAUGUCCGGAAACUCGGUUUCGAGGAAGCCCCAGACUAUGACUUCCUUCGCGAUCUCUUCACCAAGGUGUUGAAGAACAUUGGUGAACAAGAAGACGGCAUUUAUGACUGGAUGCUGUUGAACAAUGGCAAGGGAUGGGAAGCGAGUAAUACACCGUCAUCAUUACUCGUCCAGGCUCAUGCUACUACUAACACUCCGCAUACACCCCGCCAUCGCGAAUCCAGUCGUCGGCCGCGUGGCCUCGCAGAAGGCGUUACACCAUCUACCCCUCUCGUCCUUGCUCCUACGCCUGCGCACGUUAGGAACGCAAAUCGGCGGCCUGGAACCCGCGAUGGUAACGGUAACAGAGACUCGAGUGGGCGCGGAGAUGCCAGUGUCCAACCAAUAGCUCCCACGACCAGGCGAGUCAGCCAGCAGAUACGAGACUCGGGGAUUCCUUCCCAUCCAUAUGCGGUUGCACCAGCUCCCGCUGUUCCUUCAGGGUUCCGGACCGGCAACGGAUACGACCGCCACUCACCCAUUCCGGGCGUUCAGAAUGGAGGUCACGUUGGACGGAACGACACUUCGGACUCUGUUGUGUACGGCACGCAGGCACCAGGUGUCAAGAACUUUGCGAACUCAAGAGAUGACACCACUGGCACCGGCCCGCGGGAUGUCGUGCAUGCUCGGGGGAUGGCCGUCUUCGAAAGCCAGAUGCCAGGUCCAGACGAUAUGGAAGACGAUAGACAUCCGAAGAAGCGGGGAUUUUUUGCUAGCUUGUUUUGCUGUAGGGCAUGAGACCCAUCACUGGUUGUUGGGUGGUAGCGCCGGCCGCGGUCUUUACGGCACUUUUUUUCGGUAUACUGGACGUAGAUAUUUUAACGACACGCACAUGACUUUCCCAUUGCUAUCGUACAUAUUGCAAGUUUCGUUGCUGAACUUGCUCUGCUUUCGGCAUUUCGUCGGUUUCUACUUGCCGCAAGGUCGAGCAUGUUGAGAAUGAUUGUUUCUUUCUCCAUCAUCGUCAUCCACCGCUACUUCGGAUCCGGAUCUCAUACCCACCCAUCACUCUGACACUCUACACGUUGACAGUCGUUUCGUGGUAUUCUCUUUCAAUCUUUUUUUUUUUUUCCCGCUUAGCCACUAACGUAUUAUUCUCUCAAUCGUAUAUCCUCUUUGUCCGCAUACCUCACGUUGUGCAAGCUGCGUGGGUUGUGUG